UACUUAUUUAUUGGAAAAAUUAGACAUGUUGUUAGCUUUUGAAGUAUUGGUAUUGCAAUGGUAAUUACAUAUUAUUUUCAAGUAAUUAAUGUUUAUGCAUGGGUUUAAAAUUGUAGAUGGAUAGAUUGGUCCGGCUUCAUUAUGGUGGUUGUGUGGUAGAUGAAAGUACACAUGGAAGCCAAUUUGAGGGAAUGACAGUUAGACAAUUAGUGUUUUUUGCGAAGCCUACCUUUGAGGAGUUAAUGUCUCGCAUCAAGCAUGAAUUGGAUUGGAAUGAUGAGUCGGUUGGUAUGCAAGGGAGAUACGAUGUGGGCGGCGGUGUCAUGUCACAUAAAUUUAUGUUAGACUUGAAUGGAGAGAUCGAAUGGCAAACAUAUAUAGAUAUAGUAUUGGGGUCACAUUUCAAAUCUCUUGAGGUGUUUGCAUGGAAGAAAGAUGGUAGGAUAGGGAAGAAAGAACUUAUAGAAUCACCCAUUAGCUGUCACGAACUGUCGGAGAGGUGUAGUAGGAAGGAAGAAUUGAUUGAGGAAGACGUGGAGGGGGGCGAGGGAGUAAAUGAUAUGGCGGAUGUGGAGGUCAGGGAAGAGAAUGACCCGGUAAGGGAGGAAGUACAUGCAGAGGAGAAUGUGCCGUUAAGGGAAGAAGUACAUGCAGAGGACAAUGUGCCGUUAAGGGAGGAAGUUAAUGUGGAGGAGAAUGUGCCGGUAAGAGAGGAAGGAGAUGUUGAGGAUGGUCGGGAGGUAGGAGAUGAUGUGGAGUUGCCUGAGGAAGAAGCGAAUGGUAAGAAUGUAAGUAUGGGCCUAAGGGAGUUGGCUAGGCUGAAAUUCUAUACCCGAGAGGAGUGUGAGGAGGCUAUGAUACGCAGUGGAUUGAACCCAGGCUGGUUGGAGUAUGAUACAGAGGAUGAAUUGGAUGAGUCCGCUUCCGACUCCGAUGAUGAUCGUCCAGUGCGUAAGAUGUCAGAGCAUGAAAGGACUGUGUUUGCGAAACUGGUGGGUAGAAACCCGGAAAUAACACAAUUCGAGGAUCUUACCAGAUCUGGGCUAGCAAUUGCUGAUGGGGAUCCACAAUAUGACGGUGCCUUCGAACCAAUGUGUGAUGAACCAAGGAAGGGGUUGGAGUUUCGAUCGAUGGAUGAUCUGAAAAUAUGGCUACAGAGUUAUUCUAUCCGUGUCCACCGGCCGUACCAUGUGAAGGAAUCUAAUGCGUCAGUAAAGUAUACUGUGGCUUGUCUCGAUCGCCAUUGCAAAUGGCAGAUUAAUGCAAGGAAGAGUGGAGGAGAUAGGUGGCGGGUGACUAGGGUGGGCGAAGACCACACAUGCUGUAGUGCGGAAGUAACCGGCAAGCAUUUGCAACUUACUUCAAGGUUUAUUGGAAACAGGUUACAGGCAUUUGUGCGAGCUGAACCAACUUUAUCUCCAGCAGCGAUUGUCGAGGCAGUUGAGCAAAUAUGGCACUAUCGGCCUACGUAUGGCAAAGCAUGGCGUGCUAAGCAAGUUGCUAUGAAGGUCAUUUGGGGAGAUUGGGACGAGGCGUAUGUUCGCUUGCCUACACUGAUGCGUGCCAUCAAAGCAAAGAACCCUACCAUGCAUUUCCGUGUUGAGGCUCAUCCCGAGAAGUCCAGGAUGGUGGAUGGAGUACAGAGGCGAGUAUUUGGACGUGCAUAUUGGAUAUUUGGCCAGUCCAUAGAAGCAUUCAAGCACUUGAGGCCGGUGCUAGCAAUUGAUGGCACUUUCUUAACCGGUAAAUACCAAGGUACAUUGCUCACGGCAAUAGGGGUCGACGCCGGGUUACAUCUUGUUCCCUUAGCGUUUGCUCUGGUAGAGAAGGAGAAUACAUCCAACUGGGAGUGGUUCAUCAACAUGUUGAGAAACAAGUUGAUCGGUCCUAAUAGAGAAGUGUGUAUAAUUUCUGAUAGACACCCUGGCAUUUUUUCAAUUACUAAUGAUUCCAUUUUCAUUUGCAGGAUGGAGCACUUUCCGGGGUUGGAGGAUUUCUACGAGGAGAAGCACCGGGCCCCACAGAUUGCCAGCGGAGAGCGCUUGAAGACCCUUCGAGUCAGAGGUCACACGGCGCACAUACUGUUCGACGACUGGUACGUCCCGUACCUACGGCGGGCGAAGCUCUUGGCGUUCGUGACCAUGGCGCAGCGACCGGUGCCUCUGUACAACGCCGCUGCUCUGACGGCCCUAGUGGACCGGUGGCGUCCAGAGACACACACCUUCCACCUACCGUGCGGGGAGCUGACGGUCACUCUGGAGGACGUCACCAUGAUCCUGGGUCUUCCUAUCCGGGGUCAGGCGGUCACAGGUGACACAGCGUCGGGGAACUGGAGGGAGAGGGUCGAGGAGUACCUUGGUCUGGAGCCUCCAGUGGCACCUGAUGGUCAGAGGCAGACGAAGACAUCAGGGGUUCCUUUGAGUUGGUUGCGAGCCAACUUCGGUCAGUGUCCCGCUGAGGCAGACGAGGCUACAGUACAGCGAUACUGCAGGGCGUACGUGCUGUACAUCUUCGGCAGUAUUCUGUUCCCUGACUCUGGUGGAGACAUGGCUUCUUGGAUGUGGCUGCCGUUGCUCGCGGACUGGGAUGAGGCGGGUACCUUCAGCUGGGGGUCGGCUGCCCUAGCCUGGUUGUAUCGGCAACUCUGUGAUGCUUGCCGAAGGCAAGGCGGGGACGCGAACCUAGCAGGCUGUGUUUGGUUGCUACAGGUUUGGAUGUGGAUGAGGCUUCCAGUUGGUCGGCCCAUGUGGAGGACCCAUCAGGCUUGGCCGCACCAGGAUGCAGACCGACGUCCCACUGUAGCUCACCUGUGGGAAUCGGUCCCAUCUCCAGUAGUAGGCCGCAGGAAUUUGGCGUACUACCACUACACAAACGAGAUGGACUACCUACAGCCAGAACAUGUGGUGUGGAUGCCAUAUCAGGCACAGGAAGUGCUCGAGCUAGAACUAAAUCCCAUGUGCCAUAUAGAGGAUGCGUUGAAGACCCUACGGUGCCCACUGAUCUGCUUCUAUGCAGUGGAGUUCCAGAUGUGCCACCGCGUGAUGCGGCAAUUCGGGAGGCUUCAAACAAUCCCGCACCGUUUCUCCACGAGUAUCGACCUACACAAGGUGGACCGUCGGAAGAACAAGAAGGUGACUGAUUGGGCUUACUACCAUCAGGAUCAUAUCACGCAAUGGGAGAAGUUCGAGGAGAAUGGAGUACCAGACCAGGGUCAGCACAACGGGACGGAGUUCGACUUGUACUUGGCGUGGCUCCACAGGACCUACCGUCUUGUCCUACGUCCGGCUUGGACACUAGCCGACAUAGCGGAUGACCCCGAGGAUGUUGAGGAGCAGAACGAGUACGAUACUCGUACCCGUCUAGGUACCACGGUCGAGACGGGACCUGUUCGCGACAGAGUGGCUCGAGAGCUCUUGCGGACCGUCAACGACGCGGGAGUGGCGCUAGGCACGGCUCCUGGCUCCGAAGGAGAGGGCGGCACCCUCCGCAACGCCCUACAGAGACUACGGCAGCAAUGUCGGAAGUUGGCAGCAAGGCUCGGCUGCAGGUCGACUGAUGUGGUCGAACAUGCUCAUGCCCACCAAGAGGGGGAUGAAGAAGGGGAGUUUUGCUAA